GCAAGAAAGGACGCGAAAAGCCACUAAUCAAUCAAGAAGCGAGCAAAGAUGUCUGCGAAAGAGGCUAAUGUUUUCGAGUUUCAUCCAUAGUCAAUAUAAUGGAAAAUUCUAAGACGUAUGACUCUUUUCAACAUGAACUUCAGGAUUAUAUUAGAAAGCAAAGAGCCAGAGGAUUACAACCAGAGGUUUGCUUUAGAAAGGGGAUAGAAGACUGUGUACAGAGAAGAGGACCACACUGCACCCAGACCUCCAAUGCUGGAGCAGAGAUUCCCCUUCAGGAGGCCCCACAAGUCCCCCAGUUCCUACAAAAGGCCAAAAACAGUGGAAAGCCGCUUACCCACACUGUCCAAUAUUCGUCACUUCCGGCAAAGACUGGAACCUGUAAAUCACUGUCAGAAAAAACGCGACCAUUUCUUCAAUAUCCGGUGGUUUCCGAGCCCACCUGUGCAAGGAAUGACCACUGGCCCACACACAGCACAACACAGAGAAGAGGCCAGCUGCUUCUCAGAGGACCACACCAGCGUCCAUCAGGCAGGAGAUCAAGAUGGAGGCUGGACGGGAAGGUCCAGGGAGAAGGGAGGAGGAGGACAUGGCGGUGAGGACCAGGUAUCGUGGAAGAGGAAGCACCACAGGGAUGAAGACGACGAAGAUUCCCACAAGGGGAACAGGAGGGAGGCCAGAGCGGCGCCAGGAAGCACAGAGAAGUCCAAGUACAGAAAGAAGAGCGCCCAUGAUUGGGACACCAUGAAGGAGGGAAGAAAGUCCAGUAGAGAGAAGAAGCAUCCUGGCAAAGAUAGCACCCAGGAGGGGGGCUUGUGGGAUGAAGCUAUCCUCGGUGGUUGUUCCUGAUGCUGGAGAUCUGGGACCUGGAUAUUAAAUGAUUUGGAUCCAUUGGAAAGGCUGGAUUAAAUGGUAUUGAAGCAAUUCAAUAGCCAUACUUCAAAGAGAAUAAAAUUAGAUCCCCACCUCAGACUCUGUUCAAAUAUAAAAACCCAGUUGGUUUAAAGAGGUCAAUUGAAAACCAAAAUAGAAAAGUGUUCGAAGAAAAUAUAGGAAAAUUGUUUUCAGUCUUGGAAUAUGAACGGCUUUCCUGAACAAGACACGUUAGCCAGGGGCCAUGAAAGAAGAAAAAAUAAUACAUGUAUUUGCAAAAACAUUUAAACUCUGCAUAUAACAGAAGAUUUUGUGGUACGUUUUCUUUAAAACAGAAAUUAAAAGAUAUGCAUUUGUGCAUAUGCAUUGAGCAGCUCCAGAAAGAUACACAAAACACUGGUAACUGGGCUCUGGGGGCAAGAACUGAGCUGGGGGA